AACAUGGCAGGCGUUCUACUUCGAGGUCUUAAUAAUCUGGAAACUUCACCAAACGAACCUACUGCCAAAUGGACCGUUCCUUUGAGUGACGGGAAUCAUGUGGUAGAGUUUGAACAUGGAACAGCAACAGGCCGACGUGUGGUAAAAAUCGAUGGAAAUAAUAUACUUCAUAGAGAUUGGAUGUUUCGUCUAGUCGGUGAUGAAGUUUUCAUGUUUAAUAAUAUCAAAUUUAUAAUCAGAGUCGAUCCAAUGCCAGGUAAAACCUUGUUAUUAUUUUAUCAUUGCGAUGAUAAAUGUAUUAUAUCGUUACAACGAUUAUAUAUAGGUCUGAAGUAUUCUUAUUCGUUGUGGGUGAAUGGAAAGAGCUACAAGCAAUUUGUUCAGUCGCAAUCAAAAAUACUAGAAACUUGGUUAGCCAAAGUUGGGAACGAAGAAUACAGAGUUGUAUUAGAUAAACACGCUCACAGCGUUUGGGUGAAUGGACAAGAAGUGGAAGUUGAGAAUGAAUUUAUGGACGGCGGCGCAGAAAUUCUUUUCUCCGUUGGUGAUUUACCGGCCGCUAUUAGAUCUUACAGUUCGGAGCAAAAAGAAAUCGGUAUAGCGUACGUUUUAUACAUCAAUGACGUUGAAAUACAACAAGAAGCUUUAGUAGAAGAGUCUUAG